UAUGUUUUUGUUUUCUCGAUAUCCACCAUUAUUAUUUUCAUCAUCAUCAAAUAAUCAUUUUUGUUUUUUUGAUUAUAAAUGUUUUGAAAAAUGUCACGGUUAGAUCUUCAAAAUCGAACCCUGAGAAUUGGAUUCAACAAUGCACCACCAACAACCGAUAUAUAUGGAUGGGAUGAAUCAAUACAAGCAUAUCGACAUGUUUACGGUAUCGAUCCAUUUGUUCUGAAUUUGUUGGCCAGAUAUUUUAAUUUUACCUAUCAAUUGAUUGAUUGUCAUGGAGAUUAUGGAUCACCAUUGCCAAAUGGAUCAUUGUCAGGAGCAAUUGGUCGAUUAGCCAGAAAUGAAUUUGAUUUAGGUAUCGGUGGUUUUGCCGUUACAUAUGAACGUUUUAAUGUUGUAAAAUUUCUUAAUUCACAUCUAUUUGAUCAAUAUACAUUUGCAAUGGCCAAAAUAACAACCAUACCGGAUUUUGAUAUAUUUUUCAAACCAUUCGAAUCAAUCGUAUGGUUAUGUCUGCUAAUAACAUUAAUUCUAUCAUGUUUAUUAUAUUUGGCUAUCAAAUAUUUAAUGCCAUUUAAACAUAUAAAUCUAACUUUAAUAAGCCUGAAUAUGUUAUUACAACAAUCCUAUCCUAUACGUAAAGAUCAUCAGAUAAUUAAUUCGGCAAAAAUUUGGCUAUUUAGUUUUGCUUUUAUGAGUAUUGUUCUAUUGAAUAUUUAUCAAUCAUAUCUAUUUUCAAUAUUAACCAUAACGAAAUCGAAUGAAAUUGAUAAUAUUGAUAAACUGGCUGAAUCAUGUCGUAAACAUCAAACAAUACCAUAUACGAUUAAAAAUAAUUUAAUUUUUCGUAUAAUUAGUAAGGAUAAUCCAAAUAAAUCAAUAUUUACAAUUAGUAAAUAUGUAAAAUUUGUUAAAAAUCAUGAAGAUGGUAUUAAAAUGAUUCAAAAAUCCAAUUCGAUUGCAUUCAUAUCAUUACGAAUAAGACUUUCAUUUUAUCAACAAUAUUUAGGACCAGAUCAAUUCUAUUUACCAAUGGAAAGUCAAGAUACAAAAUUUUUAACCCUUGUAGGAGCAAUAAUAUGUCGUACGACAUUUAAAUAUCAAAAUGAAUUUAAUCGAAUUUUGAAACGUUUAAGAAUUAUAUUUCUAUUACAUGGAUUAGGAAUGAUUUUGGCUAUUUGUUGUUUUAUCAUUGAAUAUUUUGGUCGAAAUAUUUUAUCCAUUUGGAUUAACAGCAAUAUUCAUCACAAAAUCAAAAUGUUAGCAUAA